AUGGAAUCAUCGCAACCUCAGGCGGGCUCUCUGAGCUGGCGCCUUAGCUCCCACCCGAUUACGCUCUUGUUCUUUCUCGGCUUCCGCAUCUCCUCUCUCCUCGUCUACCUCUUCGGCAUGCUCUUUAUCGACAACCUGGUCAUGAUCUUCAUCAUUACGAUUCUCCUGCUCGCGGCCGACUUUUACUACCUCAAGAACAUUGCCGGGCGCCGCCUCGUCGGCCUGCGCUGGUGGAACGAGGUUGACCCGAGCUCGGGCGACAGCCACUGGGUGUUUGAGAGCAGCGAGCCCGGCACCAAGACCAUCAACGCCACCGAUAGCCGCUUCUUCUGGCUCGCCAUGUACGCUCAGCCUCUACUCUGGGUUGCCUUGGCUAUCCUGGCCUUGAUCAGACUCAAGUUCAUCUGGCUGCCACUUGUUGCCAUUGCCCUCGUCCUCACAGUCACAAACACACUGGCCUUUUCACGAUGCGACAAAUUUAGCCAGGCCUCCAACAUGGCUGGCAGCGCGUUCUAUGGCGGCAAUCUGGCUGGAAGUAUUGCUAGCAACAUGGCUGGUCGCUUGUUCAGUUUUGGCAGGUGA